CGACAGAGAUAGCGUAUGUACGGAUACAAACUCUACAUCUCUAACAGUACAGAUUUAAGUCUCCUACAAGCGGCUUAUUUGUGUUACAAUCAUACAGGGCCAGAUUUACCAGAUCUUAAUGUUACUCACAUAUGUGUUUCUUUCGGUCGGUAUGUCAUUUUCUACAAUGAAAGAGUUUAUGGUGUAUGGUAUCCUGGCAAUCAACAAUAUACAUAUACCCAACUGUGUCAAGUAAUAGUUCAAGGUUGUCAUAGAGACGAUGCCUAUGGAAUUCUCUGUAAUAAAAGAUGUCCAUUAAAUUGUCAAGAGAGAAGGUGUUACAUAACUAAUGGAACUUGUGUUGGAUGUAAAGACGGUUGGAUUGGGAAAAGUGUCUUGAUGCUUGCCCAGUUGGAAAAUACGGAGCAGAGUGCAAGAAAACAUGUACAGACCACUGUGGAAAUAAUUUUUCAUGUAAUCACGUGACUGGUCAGUGUGAGGGGUGUCUAUAUGGAUGGAUGGGAUACGAUUGCAGUGAAACGUGUCCCCCUGGCACGUAUGGAGAAGGUUGUGAAAGAAAGUGUAGUGGAAAUUGUGCCAACAAUGAAACCUGUCACAAAGUUGAUGGAUUUUGUCCUGGGGGUUGUCAUAAUGGGUUUCAAGGAAAUCGCUGCAGUGAAGAGAUUGAUAUUGGUGUGAAUGUAGAUUUCACAAAACCUUGCACUGACCAAGGAGACAACGUUGGCGGAUUAACAGCGGGUUUGAUUAUUUCUCUCCUGAUCAAUGUUGGGCUUUGCUUUACAGUGCUUUACUUCAUCAGGAAGAAAGAGAACAACAAAAGAAAUAGCCAGGCUUCCUACGAGGUCAGUGACAGCGUGGGUUCCCAAAGAUCAUCAUCUGGCGGCCAUCUUGAAAACCAUGCAUAUGAAGAUUUGAAUGUGAUACAAGCCAGAGAUGCCCUUCAAGUUUAUCGGAAUCUCGCACUCAAUGACACCAACACAAACACUGUAUAGCAAAAGGAAAAAUAUUCAACUUUUGAUUAAAUAAAAAAUAUACAUGAUUACUUUUAGAUGAAGAAACAACAACACAAAUCAAUGAAUAGUGCAUAAACAUGGACACUGGAAUCAGGAAUAAGCAUUCUCUGGUCAGUGGUGACCGGACACGCAUUAUAAGUUGAA